AUGUCCAAGACCAAGACGCUCAACCUAACAGAGGCCAGCAUCGCUGACUUGAGGCAAGCUCUCAACAGCGGAUGCCUGACCAGCGUGGAGCUCGUUACCCUCUAUCUCCACCGAAUCGCCUACUUUGAUAUGCGGAAUCAGUCUCUCAACUCUAUCUGCGUCUUGAACCCCCGAGCGCUGGAAGAGGCACAGGCCUCCGACGACUACCGCGCAACACCAGGCAAUGUGCCUCGACCUCUCGAAGGCCUCCCGUUUACCGUGAAGGAUAGUUUCAUGGUGAAAGGAAUGACCGUCGCUGCAGGAUCCCCGGCCUUUGCCGAUCUUGUGGCUCCAGCCGAUGCGGCCAUUGUUGCGCGGCUUCGAGAGGCCGGGGCUAUCAUUCUGGGGCGCACUAACAUGCCGCCCAUGGCCGAUGGUGGUCCGCAGCGUGGCCUCUACGGUAGGGCUGAAAGCCCAUAUAAUGCCAUAUACAGCACAACAGCCUAUGCUUCUGGUUCCUCCAACGGCAGCGGGACUUCGACGGCAGCCUGCUUCGCUGCUUUUGGGCUUGCCGGGGAGACGGUAUCGUCGGGGCGCGCCCCGGCCUCGAACAACGCCCUGGUCGGCUAUUCUCCAUCUCGUGCCGUUAUCCCAAAUCGCGGGCAGUGGCCGCUGUAUCCAACAUGCGAUGUCGUUGUGCCUCAUACGCGGACAAUUCCUGAUCUCUUUGACGUGCUUAAUAUCAUUGUGUUUGACGACGAAGCCUCGUCGUCAGGGGUUGACUUUUGGCGAAAUCAACCUUAUAUUCCUAUUCCCAAGUCUUCCGCAGUCCGGCCUCUCGACUUCCACCUGCUUCAAGACCCUCACGCUCUACAGGGUAAGCGGAUAGGGGUGCCGCGAUGUUUCCUCGGGGAACAAGGAAAAGAGCACUCUAGUAUUUGCACCAAAUCGGUAUUGGGUCUAUUCGAUCGUGCUCGCAAAGACCUAGAGUCCCUAGGCGCAAUUCUGAUUGAGGUAGACUUCCCACUCCUUGAGCAAUACACAAGACAGGACUUUCCAGGCCAGGCCUGCAAUGUACCGGGUCUACCAUCCAAGUGGAUGAGCCUCGAAAGAUGUAAGAUGAUCGCCACCGCUUGGGACGAUUUCCUGCGCCACAUGAACGACUCCAAGUAUCCGAAUCUUUCAUCCGCCGACCCGGGGCAAAUCCAUCCCCAUAUUGCUCCCUUCGACGAUCCUAGGGCAAUGUCCGAAGCGCAAAACAUAGUCCAAUACUCCGAUAUGAUCGAGUCUGUGCGUACUCGGACCAAAUACCUGCACAACCUUCCGCACUGCGAAAGCGCUGUGAAGGCCCUCGAGGGAAUGCGAAAGGCGUUGUACGACGACUGGAUGGAUUCCCAAGAUCUGGACCUCUUAGCGUUCCCGACGAAUGGCGAUGUGCCCUUUGCAAACGCUGACGAGGACCUGGACUCGAUGCGUCACGCCCUGCAGGAUGGGAUCAAGUACUCGAAUGGUGGCCGGGCCCUUAAGCAUCUCGGCGUGCCUUGUAUCACAGUGCCGAUGGGGGAGAUGGAGGAGAAGGGCAUGCCUGUGGGUAUCACCUUUGCCGCGAAGGGAUGGGCAGACCAGGAUCUGCUCCGAUUCGCAUUUGCAUAUGAGAAUGCCUUCAAACGGCGAACUAUGGCCCGAAGAGCACCAGCUCGCCCCACUGAUACGGUUCCUCUAGUCUGCAGACCCUUAACAGCCGUACGACCUGUGCUAUCGGUUGAUUGUAUCAGCUCGGAGACGCUCGAUGAUGAUCGGACUGAGAUCCGAUCGGUUUCAAUUAACGGCAAAGUAUCCUCGCCCGAUCCUCGUGUUCCAGUCUCUUCUGUCACAGUCUUCGUUGAUGGUGAAGCUUCCGACGGAGUCUUGGUCAAGGACGGGCGAUGGUCAUUUAGCCGUCAGUUGGCUAGGCCAAAGACGCACGACAGAUAUCCCACGCUGCGGAAGGUUCCUAAGGAUAAUUUCAUGUUAACCUUCGUGGCGAAGACCACAAAUGGCAGAUGCGCUGCGCAAAUGCUCCUCGUUGAGUAG